AUGACCAUUUGGACAGCUCAGAUGGGGGACCAUUCCAAUCCUCUUUUGGUAGGACACAAUUCAACAUGUGCCAUCCUCGGACUGCAGGGAAUAUGUCAUGUCAGUCAUCUCUGUAAUGAACUCAACUCUUGAGGAAAUAAUAUUGUCUAAUGCAGCAAUGUAAUCAUUUUCUUGAGGCAGAUGAUCACCAUAGCUUGCAGGGCAUAAGACAGGAUAAAGGUCAGCCAGGAGGGAAAAUUGUCACUAACCCGGGCCGGAGGACAAAGACAAAGAGGCUGAGUAUGCAUGAGAAACUGGCCAUGGAAAUUCAUGAGUGCAAGCUAAUGUAUUUAACAGAAGAGCAUGAUAUGAAGACGUGA